ACUUGGUAGUCACUUCCUGCUUAAGGCUAACCUAGCUAGCUGAAAUGUUUUAAGGGUUUGCUUGGAGAUUUUGUUGUCAAAAGAUUUAACUGUUGUCUCUGUUUGGCCUUUAUUGCCCGCAAGUUUUCAAAGGAGUAGCAACUUUAGUGAAAGUGAAUGGCGUCAAAAAAUGAUCCAUUUCAAUUCCAAGAAUUUGAGGAAGCGGAAAGUCUGUUGGACACCAACAGAGAUGCAGUCACCAUCAGCAUCGAAGACGAUCUAAAGUCCAAGAACCAAAGACCUGCGGUUGGUUUUUCUCCAGAUUUUACUGAUGAGGAUCCACUCGGCACCGAUGACAAGGCAGAGCUCCUUGGUGGUCAAAAGAAAAGUGCCCCUUUCUGGACAUUUGAAUACUAUCAAACAUUCUUUGACAUUGAAACACAUCAUGUAAAGGAGAGGAUCAUUGGAUCGAUGUUGCCGUGGCCUGGGAAGAACUUUAUUCAAGUUUACCUUCGUAAAAAUCCUGAUCUUUACGGACCAUUUUGGAUUUGUACCACUCUUGUGUUUGCCAUUGCCAUCAGUGGAAACUUAUCCAAUUUCCUCUGGCACUCUGGCAGUCCAGACUAUAAAUAUACUCCAGAGUUUGGAAAAGUGACCAUAGCUGCUACAGCAAUCUUCAGCUAUGCCUGGCUCGUGCCUCUUGGCAUUUGGGGUUUCCUGCUGUGGAGAAACAACAAGAUCUUGAACCUGGUGUCAUACACAUUCAUGGAAAUUGUCUGUGUGUACGGAUAUUCUCUGUCAAUUUACAUACCAGCUGUGGUCCUGUGGAUUCUCCCAUACGAGUGGCUCAGAUGGUUCUCUAUUGUGGUGGCCCUCUGCCUCUCUGGCUCAGUCCUGGUGAUGACUUUCUGGCCCGCGCUCAGAGAAGACCACCCCAGAGUCAUGAUGGCUGUUGUGUCAGUCAUCCUGUUGCUCAAUGGGCUGCUGGCUGUUGGUUGUAAGACCUACUUCUUCAGCAAACCAGAGGUGGAAACACACGCUAAUAGUUCUCCUAAAACAGAAGCUUUCAAACCAUCACCAUCCACAUGAAAACUCAUAGUUUGAAGGUUCUCCUGUUGCCUUAUUAGAGAGAAUCAGGUUCCCCUGCUGAUGAAGUCAUGGGUCGGCUGGAUUUCACCCGCACUUGGACAUUCCAGCUCAAUGUCUUUAAAAGCCAGCAUGUAAACUUGGUGCAGUAGCGUGGCCAUGUAAAUGAAAACUGGUUGCAAGUUUGUUACUUCUAAUGGUGUGGGCUUUAAACCUAGUCAAUCGGGAUAUGGAAUUGCAUUACGCACAAUAUCUGUUGUGGUGGUGUCGUUUUCAGCAUUAUAUCUCUCAUGUAAAUAGUUAAAAAGCAAGUUUGUGCAAUAAUGAUAACAGCACCAGUGCUAUUUUAUAUAUGCUUUUAUUGGAACAGUUAAUUCUUUAAUAGGGAAUGGUGAGUUUAUUUUAUUUACAUAAUUUAAUGUAUGAACAACUAUAGGUGUUGGUAAUAAGGAUUGUUUAUCAACUGCCAUGUAAAGAUUAUGGUGUGGUGUUUUCUUAUAGUUUGGGUGCCUCGACUAAUAUCAAAACCUGGUUUGAAUGAAUUUUCAAAUGAUUUUGUAAAUAUUUUAUAAAUAAUUUGUUAUUAUAACAAAAAUACUAUA